CUGGCUCAACUUGUUUGUCUGAACCUGAACAAGGCUGUGCUCUCGCUCUCUCACUCUCUCUCUCUCACCCUCUCUCUCCCUGCAGGAAGGGGAGGGCUCUGUCUGCUUUCAAUCAAUAACUCCUGGAAUUCCGAAAUACAAGUACGUCCUGUCUCCGACUGCCCCGCUUCACCGACUACAAGCUUCCAGGCUUUUGGCUUCCCCCGCUUUUCACAGACAGGUGUUUGGACCCCUCGUGCUUGUGUGUGCCUGCCUAAGGUAACCAUGGCUGAGCCCAUGUCUCCGGAUUACUUCAGCUGCCACCUGUGCGCCAACCUCCUGAGGGACCCUGUGGCCAUCCCCUGUGGCCACAGCUUCUGCAUGGACUGCAUCAGCGGCUACUGGAACGAGGCAGACUACACAGGCAUCUAUAUCUGCCCGCAGUGCAGGAUCACCUUCACGCAGAGGCCCGUCCUGCGUCCAAACGCCACCCUGACCAAAGUGGCCGAGAAGAUCAAGAAGACGGGCCUGAACCUCAACCUGUCUCCUGCGCCCCCCACCAACGGAAGCUUUGCCGGCCCCUCUGAUGUCCCGUGCGACUUCUGCACGGGCAAGAAGCUCAAAGCCGUCAAGUCAUGCCUCAACUGCCUGGCCUCAUACUGCGAGAAGCACCUGAAGCCCCAUUAUGAGUCAGCCACCUUCAAGAGGCACAAGCUGGUGGACGAGCUGGGCAACCUGGACAGGAAGAUCUGCCCGCAGCACCAAAAGAGUCUGGAGCUCUUCUGCCGCACUGACCAGAUGUGCAUCUGUGCCAUCUGCACCGUCAGCGAGCACAAGGGACAUGAUAUAGUGUCUGCCGAAGCUGAGAGGAGCGAGAAACAGAAACUUCUCGGAGUGUCCCAAGCGGAGAUCAAACAGAAAUGCCAGCAGAGGACCAAAGAACUGGAGGAACUGAAGACGGCUGUGGACUCACUGAAAAGCUCGGCUCAGAGGGCCAUGGCGGAGAGCAAGAAGAUGUUUGACGAGAUGAUCACCUCCAUCGAGAGGAUGAGGUCGGAGGUCACCAAGCUGAUCAACAUCAAUGAGAAGGCAGCAUUCAGUCAGGCUGAGGGGCUGAUGGAACGACUGGAGCAGGAGAUCGAUGAGCUCAAGAAGAAGGAGACAGGCCUGAAGCAGCUCUACAGCACCGAGGACCACAUCCACUUCUUACAGAAUUUCAACUAUCUCUGCACCCCAACUGAUGAUGGCUUCAUUCCCAAAGUGUCUCUGAACCCAGACUUCUCAUUCAGUGCCGCCAGGAAAGCUGUAGCUGAGAUCAAAGAGAGGCUUGAGGAGCUGGGUAGAGAAGAACUGCUGAGGAUUUCAAAGUCAGUGAACGAAGUGCCCGUGUACACGCUGGAGAACCGAACAGUUAGAGAGAAAAGCACCCGAGUUAAAGAGGUCCAUACAGUGGACAGUGCCCCUCCUUCACAACCCAGGAGCCGGUCUGAGUUUCUGAAAUACUUCUGUCAGCUCCGACUGGAUCCCAGCACAGCCUAUAAAGAGCUGUACCUGUCUGAGAGCAACAGGAAAGUGACGCGAACCCGCAACCUUCAGCCCUACUCGGACAAUGCAGAGCGCUUCGACAGCUUCGCCCAGGUGCUGUGUCGCGAAGCCCUGUCCGGCGGUCGCUUCUACUGGGAGAUUGAGUGGAGCGGAGAGUUCUCUGUGGGCGUGGCCUAUCGGGGCAUCAGCCGCAAGGGCAAAGGUUCCCUGUGCUUGCUGGGGUACAACGAUAAAUCCUGGAGCCUCCUCUGCUCCGACACAGGCUACUCGGCCUGGCAUAACAGGGUGGACAAAGCCAUCAGCGCCCCCCACUCUCCUAGAAUAGGGGUCUAUCUGGACCACAAAGCAGGUUUGCUGGCCUUCUACAGCAUUGGUGAGACCAUGACCUGUCUGCAUCGCUUCGAGACCACUUUCACCGAGCCUCUCUAUCCCGGGUUUGGAGUCGGAACCUCAGUCAAAAUCUGCCAGCUGAAAUGAACAUGAAUUCGCAUUUCUGGAAAGAGUCCCAAAUGAAGGACAGUAUUUUUUCUGGAUUGUUUGUGUUUUCCAUUUGCUAUUUUUCUACGCCGUAUCUUAUAUUUUAUGUCAUUUUUUUCAGCCAUCAUGGAAGCCAUUUCUUUUUACUUUUUUUUUAAAGCAGUCUUUUUAAAGAACAUAAUCUGAUUCGCAAAUCGCAGCAGUUCAUUUAGGCCUAGCCUGAAAAUCAUGAAAAAAGUUACUCAAACCUGCCAUGUUAUACUGUUUUUAUGUGUCUAAUAAUGUUGUUUUGAAAUACUAAACCCUGUAUUUAUCCAAACAUCAAGUGCCACAGCCGUAUUUGAAAUGAAAUGCGACAUUAUUCAAUGUUGAUAUCUUGUUGAUAUUCCAAUUAAAGUUUUUUUUUAAAUGUAAAA